CCCGGUGCCACCAGCCCGUCGCCGGCCCAUGGCGAGCCCUGGCCUGGGGCUGCUUCUCGCCCUCGGCCUGCAACUGCUGCACACCGGCUGGAGCCGGGUCUGGGGGCUAACACUGGACCCCCGUGCAAAUGAGAAUAGCACCAUCACCACCCCUGACCCAGGCUCCGGCUCUAAUGGGGGCCUGUCUCAGGAGGCCAUCACCGCCAUCAUCGUGGUCUUUUCCCUCCUGGCUGCUCUGCUUCUCGCUGUGGGGCUGGCACUGCUGGUGCGAAAACUUCGAGAGAAGCGGCAGACGGAGGGGACCUACCGGCCCAGCAGUGAGGAGCAGUUCACCCAUGCAGCCGAGGCCCGGGCUCCCCAGGACUCCAAGGAGAAGGUGCGGGGAUGCCUGCCCAUCUAGGUCCCCUUUAUCCAUCUCCCUUCCUUGCUGUAGGGACUUGGGGGAAGGCAGAACCCUCUCUGGGCGGUCAGCCCCCCACAGUGCUUAGGAAUAGAAGGGGAGGCGCUUCGCAGGCUGCUCCUAGGGACGAGGGAAAGCGG